CUCGCUCGGCGCCGUCAGUCUGAGAGAAGCACCAGAGCCAAGCUGACACGGGCCGAAUCCGCGCUGCUGCUCCGUUCCGUGAUUCCGUGAGUGAAUGUGUGUCUGCGUUGUAUGGCGUUGUGCAGUCCGUGAAAGCCAUUCCGCGUUGACGUUGACGUUGUCGGGGUGCUCGGGUCGGGUCGGAUCGGUCGCAGGAAGAGAGAAAGAUUGCUGCUGCUUCGAUUAGCCUCUGGAAUUUGGUUGAAGUUUUUUUUUUGCUUCUAUCGAGUGUGGGGAGUAUUGGAACGGGUUGUGCCAUGAUGGGUGUGCUCGGAUCGGAGCCUUAGGGGCUUCAGGACAGGUACAAUCUGUCCUUAGUGCGUGCAGUUUUCGUGAUUUUUCUUACCCGUGUGUCACUUUACGCCUACUUUGAGAGGGCAUUUUAGCAGGCCUCAGUAGCACAUAUUGGCUUCUUGCAAAAAUACCCAUGGAUACGUGAUAUGCCCCCACCUUCAACACCUCGAAAGGCCUCGUAGAUUAUGACUGUGAAAGGAAUAUUCUGCGUGGCGACACCCUUGCUGAAUGCCAAACCACCAAAUUAUGACGAUGGUGACGACGGAUGUGUUUUCCAGUGGAGCUAAAAUGAAAAUUAAUCAAGCAUUCAGUUUCAAGCUGCUUGCGUUUUGUGUGGCAUGCAAUUUUCAUGUAUGAAAAAAGAGUGUCGAUACGGGGGCUUACAGCACGACGGAAAAGUUUAGGAGCACCCCCUCUAGUAAUGUUGAAAGUGAAACAAUGUAUCAGCUCCGCCAAUUUGGUGCAUCAAGAUCAAGAAAAGUGAAAAUGAUUCGAAUGCAAUUAGCAUCCAGAGCUAGCCAACAUCAUCAUCAAUCAAAAUAAUUCUAGCUGCGAACGCAAAAAUCUUUGUUCGCUGCCGUUCUCCUUGCGUUUUUUCGUAUUCCUCAAGCAACGCGUCUCAAAAGUCCUACUCAAAAAGUGUCCGAUCAAGUGUCAUUCCUCAAAAGCUAUUAACCAAAACUGCAAGUGUGUAGCAUACAUAAUACUUAGUUUCGAUCAAAUCAAUCCAUAUAUUUUAUUGAAUUAAUCUGAAAUUCAUAUAAGAAGUCGGAAUCCAACUGUGGAGGUGUAGAAACAAAACGGAAAAUAAUUCCAGCGCACAACCAACACAGUCACCGAAAAACGCUCAACAACAUUUAUACAUACAACAAAAACAACAACAGAGCAGAGCUAGAGCAGAGAAGAAGGAAAGACAGAAAAAAAUCAACAAUCAACCGACCAUGUAUUCAACUGCUGCCAUAUUUGGAUAUAAAACAUCGCGCUUCUCUUUCGCACCGCUGGCGCUAGUCCUGCUUGCUAGCACCCUAGUACAGAAAUGUCGGAGUGCCGACUUGGCCAUCGAGAUCCCAGGCAACCUGGGCCAGGAUGACUCAUUCUACAGGCUCGAUUACUUUCCACCGGUCGGCAAUCCGGCCCCAAACGCCACGAUAGCAUCCCGUGAUGUAGGCGAAGAGAUCCAGUUUUCCAAUGGGUUGCCCGGCACGAGGUACAACUUUUGGCUGUACUACACCAACUCCACCCAUCACGAUUGGCUCACCUGGACGGUAUCAAUCACUACUGCACCGGAUCCUCCCUCGAAUCUCUCGGUGGCCGUCCGAUCCGGCAAGAGUGCCAUCAUCAGCUGGAGCCCGCCGCUGCAGGGAAAUUUCUCGGCCUUCAAGCUGAAAAUCCUUGGGCUGUCGGAUAAUUUUGCCACCAAUCAAACGGUCGCCGUCGAGGACAAUCAGUUUCAGCACAUGUUGAGAGACUUAACGCCCGGUGCCACCUAUCAAGUGCAAGCUUACACGGUCUUUGAUGGCAAAGAAUCGGUCGCUUACACCAGCCGAAACUUCACAACAAAACGCUAUCGGCACAAAGAUCUGCUGGAAAUCAAGAUUCUGCGAGAACCCAACACGCCGGGCAAAUUCAUCGUUUGGUUCCGUAACGAGACGACGCUGCUGGUCCUAUGGCAACCUCCCUACCCAGCAGGCAUUUACACCCACUACAAGGUAUCAAUCGAGCCGCCCGAUGCCCUGGGAAGCGUUCUGUACGUGCAGAAAGAAGGCGAACCACCCGGGCCAGCUCAGGCCGCCUUCAAGGGACUGGUUCCCGGGCGCGCCUACAACAUCUCGGUACAAACCAUGUCCGAAGAUGAAAUAUCGUUACCCACAACUGCACAGUACCGAACUGUUCCCCUGCGCCCGAUGAACGUUACCUUCGAUAGGAAAGCUAUCACAGAAAACUCCUUCAAAGUAAUGUGGGAAGCACCCAAAGGCAUAAGUGAAUUCGAUAAGUAUCAGGUUUCCAUCUCGGCCACUCGCCGGCAACAAGCCGUCAUCCGGAAUGAUAACGAAAAUAUGGCUUGGCUAGAAUUUAAGGACAAUCUCGAUCCCGGCAAGACCUAUCAGGUGGUCGUCAAAACUGUAUCCGGAAAAGUUACUUCCUGGCCGGCGUCCGGCGAAGUCACCUUGAAACCCUUACCGGUUAAAAAUUUGAAUGCCUUCACCGAUAGUAAAACCGGUGUGAUAACAAUUUCUUGGCUGCCGGACGACGAAAGUACGCAGGACGAAUACAAAAUCAGUUACCACGAGCUGGAAACCAACAAUGGCGAUUCCAGCACAAUGAACACCGACAAGACCACAUUUGCUUUGGAAUCGCUGCUGCCGGGUCGGAAUUAUUCCAUCAGCGUCCAGUCCAUCUCGAAGAAGAUUGAAUCCAACGAGACGAUCAUCUUCGUGGUAACGCGCCCGUCGUCGCCAAUCAUCGAGGACCUGAAGUCGAUCCGGGAGGGCCUGAACAUUAGCUGGAAGAGCGACGUCAACUCCCGGCAGGAAAAAUUCGAGGUCACCUACACCCGGAACGAUACCAACGAUGGCAAAACGGUACUCACGAUGGAAUCGAGGCUGGUGUUUACCAACUUGUAUCCGGGAGCCGGCUACGAGGUUAAAGUGUUUGCCGUCAGCCACGGGCUGAGAAGCGAACCACAUUCCUACUUCCAGGCAGUUUAUCCCAACCCACCACGUAACAUGACAAUCGAAAAGGUCACUAGCAAUUCCGUCCUCGUGCGCUGGAAGCCCCCGGAACGCUCCGAAUUCACGGAAUACUCGAUUCGAUACCGAACCGAAAGCGAAAAGCAAUGGAUCCGACUUCCAUCGGUCAAAGCAACGGAAGCCGACGUAACGGAUAUGACUCCGGGUGAGAAAUACACCAUCCAGGUCAACACCGUCAGCUACGGAGUAGAAAGUCCAAAUCCACAACAAGUCAACCAAACCGUUCGCCCGAAUCCGGUUUCCAAUAUUGCUCCACUGGUGGACUCAAACAACAUCACGCUCGAGUGGCCCCGUCCGGAGGGCCGAGUGGAAACCUACAUCAUUCACUGGUGGCCAACGGAGUUCCCAGAUCGGGUGUCCAACAAAAAUGUCUCGGAAAUCAAUACCAUUCUACCUUACAUCGGAGGUGGUGCGGGUGAUGAGGACAAGUUAAUUGAAGAACCACCAACCGUGAGGAUUUUGAUUGGGGACCUCAUGUCGGGUGUUAUGUAUAGUUUCAAAAUCCAAACUGUGUCGUAUGGAUUAACGAGUGAUGUUACCAAUCUCCAAACACGCACAAUGCCACUCAUCCAGUCUGAAGUUCUAAUUGUGAAUAACGUACAAAUGCGUGAUACGGUCACACUGAGCUAUACGCCAACACCUCAACAAUCAUCCAAAUUCAAUUUGUACAGAUUCUCACUUGGCGAUGUAAGCAUUCAGGACAAGGAAAAACUAGCUAACGACACCGAUCGUAAAGUGACAUUUACAGGAUUGAUUCCUGGUCGGCUGUACAACAUUACCGUUUGGACAGUUAGUGGAGGCGUAGCUAGUCAACCCAUUCAAAGGCAAGAUCGUAUGUAUCCCGAUCCCAUCACAGAACUCAAUGCAAACAACAUCACCGAUACUGAUAUUACGUUAAGCUGGGACAUACCGAAGGGCGAAUACAACGCAUUUGAAAUACAGUACCUUAAGAACGAUUCUCAUUACGUACAGAAUCUUACAGUAAACAAUCAUAUAACCAUUACGGAUCUGAAACCUCACCGCAACUAUACUUUUACCGUAGUUGUUCGAUCUGGAACCGACACUAGUGUAUUGCGCAGCAGUCUUCCGGUAUCGGCAAGUUUCCAAACCAAGGAAUCGGUUCCGGGUCGGGUAGAUAAAUUCGCACCCAUCGACAUCCAACCAAGCGAGAUCACCUUCGAGUGGUCACUUCCAUCGAACGAACAGAACGGUGUCAUUAGACAGUUCACUAUAACCUACGGCCUGGAAGGGUCUCAACACACGCAGCCUAAGGAUUUUAAACCCACCGAAUUGCGUGGCACCAUCAAGGGUCUUUUGCCCGGCAAAACGUACAUAUUCCGCAUUCAAGCCAAGACCGCCAUCGGUUACGGUCCAGAGCAAAUGUGGAAGCAGAAAAUGCCAAUUCUAGCACCACCGAAACCUGAAACUCAGGUUGUUCCCACCGAGGUGGGCAGCAGUGCUACGACAAUCGAAAUACGCUUCCGCAAACACUACUUCAGCGAUCAGAAUGGUGUCGUUACAACCUAUACAAUCAUUAUCGCCGAAGACGACAGUAAGAAUGCUUCCGGCCUGGAGAUGCCCAGCUGGUACGAUGUGCAAUCGUACAGCGUGUGGCCACCGUAUCAGGUCAUCGAACCAUACUACCCGUUCAAGAACAGCUCGGUCGAAGAUUUCACCAUCGGAACGGAGAACUGCGAUACCCGAAAGUCCGGCUAUUGCAAUGGGCCGCUGAAGUCGGGAACGACCUACAAGGUGAAAGUGAGAGCUUUCACGGCACCGGAUAAGUUCACCGAUACCGCCUACAGUUAUCCAAUACGUACAGGACUGUUAUCAGUAGACGCCCAAGACAAUACAUCGCUGAUCGUUUCGAUAACGGUUCCAUUAUGCAUCAUUCUGCUGCUAGUCGUAACGAUUCUGUUCCUCCGCCGGCGACGCCACAUGGGUCGCAAAAAAGCCACCGAGCAACGUGCUAAUGACAACAUGUCGUUGCCAGAUAGCACUAUCGAAACUAACCGUCCAGUUCUAGUGAAAAAUUUCGCUGACCACUAUCGCUUGAUGUCAGCGGAUUCAGAUUUUAGAUUUAGUGAAGAGUUUGAAGAACUGAAACAUGUCGGUCGGGACCAGCCCUGCACAUUCGCUGAUUUACCUUGCAAUAGGCCUAAGAAUCGAUUCACCAAUAUUUUACCAUAUGACCAUUCUAGGUUUAAGCUGCAACCGGUUGAUGACGAAGAAGGUUCAGACUACAUUAACGCUAAUUAUGUGCCAGGGCACAACUCUCCUCGGGAGUUUAUCGUAACGCAGGGACCAUUGCAUUCCACGCGCGAUGACUUCUGGCGUAUGUGCUGGGAGAGUAAUUCGCGCGCCAUCGUCAUGCUGACGCGCACCUUCGAAAAGGGGCGGGAAAAGUGCGACCACUACUGGCCCAACGAUACGGUGCCGGUGUACUAUGGGGACAUCAAGGUGACGCUGCUCAACGACAGCCACUACCAGGACUGGGUGGUCACCGAGUUCAUGAUGACGAGGGGUGACGUCCAGCGCAUCACGCGCCACUUCCACUUUACCACGUGGCCCGAUUUCGGGGUACCGAAUCCCCCGCAAACGCUGGCCCGCUUCGUGCGGGCAUUCCGAGAAAGGGUCGGCCCGGAUCAGCGCCCCAUCGUGGUCCAUUGCAGUGCCGGCGUUGGCCGCUCGGGAACGUUCAUCACCCUGGACCGGAUCCUGCAACAGAUACAGGUGUCCGACUACGUGGACAUUUUCGGCAUCGUCUGGGCAAUGCGAAAAGAACGUGUCUGGAUGGUGCAAACUGAGCAGCAAUAUAUCUGUAUCCAUCAGUGCUUGAUGGCCGUCUUGGAGGGUAAGGAAGGUUCUGAACGCGAGAUUCACGACAACCAAGGUUACGAAGAUGACGAAGGAAUCGCCGAGUCUGGAAUGUAACCACCAAAUCACGCAGCAGCAGCAGCAGCACAAUGGCAGCCACCGAAACCCUUUAGCUGAAUGAAAAGUAGACAGCAACAAGAAAAAAAAAUGAAACAAAUUCAACGCCAGAUCUGAUGGGCACGACCAUGCCAUUUUAGUCCCUAAACAAAACCCGAUUUGUAAGACAUAACAAACUCUAUACAUAUAUCAAACACUCUCGUCAUUAGGAAAAAAAAUGCGGUCAUAGACGUAAACUAAAAAAAAAUCGAAAUCAAAACGCAGCAAAACUCCUUUGGAACAGGACAAAACUUAAAUUUAAUCUUUCACUUGAAUUGUAAAUAUCAGUAAGACAACAUCAACUACAACAAAAAGUCAAGACUUCUUAGAAAGAAAAAAAAAACGUUAUCGAUGUACUACAUUACGUGUAUUCUAUACUUUUCCAAAACGUCAGCAGAACAAAAUAUUUGAGAAACAAAAGAAAACAUAAAAAGUUAAUAUACCAUGCGCUAUUAUUCAAAGUCAAGAAUAUUUUUACGUUCUUGAUGUCACCGAAAAAUCAAACCUUACAGUAGGAAGUACAUGAAAAAAAGACAAGUGAAGGAAAAACAAACGCAGAAAAUGUCAACAUUUUUUUUUAUUGUAUUUAUGCCUGUGCAAUGGACAUGCAAAUCCAACCUUUUAAAGAAAAUCUUUUUUGUUGUACAUAAUGUAAGAUGUAGCGUUGCAGGUUUUAGUUACACGAUAUUUUAAAUCUUACAAUAAAAAGGAAAUCAUAUCAA